CAAUUGAUUCCAAAAGGUCGCAGGUGUCGUGAGAGAGAUGGUACAGUAACUACACCUGUUAGAAGAGCCGUGUAUCUACAACCAAGGAGGGAUCCACUGAUAAGAAAUACAGUGCCAUAUUGUGAGUGCACUUCACAGUAAAGGGAAUCAUACUUUUCUUUACUUAUACCUUUACUUAAAGACAGACGCUAACAAAAUGGCAGCUUCAUGGUAUCUGGUUCUGGUGGUAUCCUUGGCGGGAGUCAUGUUGGCUAACUCUCAGUCCACUGGCACUGAGAAGUGUACGUACGGAGGUCGGGAAUACGUGCAGGGGGAACAAUGGGUUGCAGAUGGGUGUGGUCUCACAUGUUACUGUUCCUCGGCAGCUCUCAACGCCAGUUUCUGCUUUGAUAAAUGUCAAAAGUUCACCCACCUGCCAGAAGGCUGCAAGAUGGAGGUCACAGCCGGGGAAUGUUGUCCGCGUCCUAAAUGUGACUGGAUGGGCAAGUGUACGUACAAGAACAAGGCGUAUGACCAGGACGAAGAGUGGGACGACGGCUGUGACUAUCGCUGUAAGUGUGUGGACAGCACCAACAGCUUUGUGCAGUGCAGGAGCAAAUGUCCCACGUACACCAGUAUCCCGUCCCAUUGUCAGCUGGUCAGUGUCCCCAACAAGUGUUGUAAGGAGCUCAGUUGUACAGGAGCUUCAGGGACAGGCGUGCAGGUGACGCCUGCUACCGCAAUCACGGCAGCCACUGGGAAGCCUCUCCGAACACACGGCUCCAAUCAGCUCACAAAGCACUGA